GGCUGCUGCGAUGAUUCAGUCACCGCAGUCCGCUGUCUCUUUUCAAGGCUAACCCUUGUGGCUGCUGUAGUUUCGUUGCUUUUGGGGCUGUCGGGUUGUUUACGGUGGCAGCCACACGGGCUAGCUGGCUAGCAGUGUGACAGAGCAGAACCAGCACACUUAACAUUAGCAAACAAGCUAAUUAGCCUGGAUUACUGCGGUUAAUCGAAGAGACUCCGCGCGUCUCUCACCGCUGUUAUAAAAUGAAGAUAACUGUGGAUUUCGAGGAGUGUUUAAAGGACUCCCCGCGGUUCAGAGCCACCAUAGAAGAUGUGGAGGGGGAUGUCUGCGAGUUGGAAUCCAAGCUAGACAAACUGGUGAAGCUGUGUAUUGGGAUGAUUGAUGCUGGUAAAACCUACAAUUCCGCAAACAAGCAAUUUGUCAAUGGCAUCCGGGAGCUCGCUCAACAGUCCACCAAAGAUGAGGUCAUUGAGUCCAGUCUCACGAAGUUUGCCGAGAGCCUCCAGGAGAUGAUCAACUACCACACGAUAUUGUUUGAUCAAGCCCAGAGAUCAAUCAAGACCCAGCUUCAAACGUUUGUCAAAGAUGACCUACGUAAGUUCAAAGAAGCCAAGAAGCAAUUUGACAAGGUGAGUGAGGAGAAGGAGGCGGCUCUGAUUAAGAAUGCACAGGCUCCACGCAACAAGCAACAUGAGGUGGAGGAGGCCACCAACAUUCUCACUGCCACACGGAAGUGCUUCCGACAUAUCGUACUCGACUACGUCUUACAGAUCAAUGUGCUUCAAUCCAAGAGAAGAUCAGAAAUCCUGAAAUCGAUGUUGUCCUUCAUGUAUGCCCACCUAACAUUUUUCCACCAAGGUUAUGAUCUCUUCAGUGAAUUGCAACCUCUUAUGAAACAGCUGGGGGGACAGUUGGACCAGCUGGUGGUGGAUGCUGCCAAAGAGAAGAGAGACAUGGAGCAGAAACAUUCCACCAUCCAACAAAAGGCUGCUCUGCAGGAUUUCUCAAAUGACGACACAAAGCUGGAGUACAAUGUGGAUGCAGACAAUGGGAUCGCCAUGGAAGGUUACCUGUUUAAGAGGGCCAGCAAUGCUUUCAAGACAUGGAAUAGGUCUCCUUUAAGGCGCUGGUUUUCCAUUCAAAACAGUCAGCUAGUCUAUCAAAAGAAAUUUAAGGAAAACCCGACUGUGGUGGUGGAAGAUCUGAGGCUGUGUACGGUUAAACACUGUGAGGACAUAGAACGUCGCUUUUGCUUCGAGGUGGUGUCACCCACCAAGACCUGCAUGAUGCAAGCGGACUCUGAGAAGCUGCGACAGGCCUGGAUCAAGGCUGUGCAGAACAGCAUUGCCACUGCCUUCCGGGACAAAGGAGAGGACAGUGAGAAGCUGGACAGAAAGUCAUCCACAUCCACAGGCAGCCUGGAUUCCAGUGGGGAGACAAAGGAAAGAUCACUGAAAGGGGAAAGCGCACUGCAGAAGGUCCUGGCUGUUCCAGGCAACGCCUGCUGCUGCGACUGUGGCCAAGCAGACCCCCGCUGGGCCAGCAUCAAUCUGGGCAUUACCCUCUGCAUACAGUGCUCUGGCAUUCACAGGAGUCUGGGUGUCCAUUUUUCUAAGGUGCGGUCACUGACUUUGGAUACAUGGGAGCCAGAAUUACUUAAGUUGAUGUGUGAACUAGGGAACAGAGUGAUCAACCAGAUCUAUGAAGCCCGACGAGAAGAGCUGGGAGCCAGAAAACCACAGCCUGGAGACCCAAGGCACGAGGUAGAAGCUUACAUCAAAGCCAAGUAUGUUGACAGACGAUUUGUACGCCGUCCAUCGGAUGAGGAGCUUCGCACCAAGGUGGUUUCUUUGAGCAAACAGGAAAAGAGGCUGAGCAGCAGCUCUGAGCAUCUUCCUUCAAAAGCACCUCUGCCCACUCAGAAAAACAGACCAGGCUCAAAUGUCUCCAGACAGUCAGCUGUUGCCAGUGGCUUGGAGGCCCGCCGUGACUCUCUCUUCUGUCCUGAUGAACUUGACUCACUCUUCUCCUACUUUGACACCUCCUCCAAGCUAAGGAGCAUAAAAAGUGCAGACAGCGGAAUCCAGAAUAGCGCUGAUGGAAGUAGGGAGAUGCUAGCCAAUACCCCCUCCAAUAACAGCUUGGCUGAUGCAGAUGCUGCUGAGUCUCCGCCCGUGCCCGUCACACUGCCUCCUCCAUCUUCUUGUAAGGAAGUAUUUUUUUCCGAGCCAAAGGAGUACAGCCCGGGUCUGCAGCUCUAUUGGGCGGCAUGUGCCCGCAGCCUUCCAGACAUGGCAGAGGCACUGGCUCACGGAGCCGAAGUCAACUGGGUGAACACGGAGGACAAGAGGACGCCGCUUAUCAUGGCAGUGCAGGGGGGUUCACUGGUCACCUGUGAGUUUCUGCUCCAGAACGCAGCUAAUGUGAACCAGCUGGACGUCCAGGGAAGAGGACCCCUCCACCACGCCACCAUCCUCGGACACACGGGGCAGGUGUGUUUAUUCCUAAAAAGAGGAGCAAAUCAAAAUGCUGCAGACAUCAAUGAGAAAACACCCCUGGCCAUGGCAGUUGAAGCGGCCAAUGCAGAUAUUGUAACUUUGUUGCGACUGGCCAAGAUGAACGAGGAGAUGCGAGAAUCAGAGGGGCCCUACAGUCAGUCAGGAGAUGAAACCUACCAGGACAUUUUCCAGGACUUCACCCAAAUGGCCUCCAACGACCCGGACAAGCUGAACCGUUACCAGCAGUAUGACCCGCCGCGACCCUGACACUGCCCAGUCAAUGUCUACUCUGUCCAAGGGAGACAAAAAGACACCUGGCUUCACUCGGGUAUUCAUAAAAGUUAAAGUUGAUUGGUGCCACCACAACUGGACCUAGUUCACCAUAUCUGACUUUUUUCCCGUUGUUUUAGUACAGCUUUGGUUCCAGCUCUUCAGGCUCUUCACUGAUGAGAAGAACUUUUGGAAACUCAAAUUUUAAAUGUUUUUAAACUGUAUUUCUUAGAACACAGUGAAUAGUAAAGUGUUAAGUCCUUUGAAAGUUUUUACAAUGGGAAAAAAUAAUAAUGUGACAAUUUAACCCUGUCUGAAUGUAGAGCAAGCACUCAGUAAUAGAUACAAAGUCAAUGAAAGACAAUUUCUUCAUUUAGAAUAAAGAUUGCUACGUCCAACAUUAGUGCAUUACAGACUUUUUAAACACUCAAUCUCAA